AUGAUCAAGAACGACGGAAAGAUGAUGAGAGUGAGAAUUGCGAAGGAGAGAUCUGACUUAUGCGACUUGACUGCUGCUGCAAUUAAGGCUACUUACAAUACACGGAACCCAUGCGAAGUCGAGCGAUGCAUCGAUGUGUUGAAUCACUUGAAGUCUCUGUCUCUUUCCGUGAAGGAUAUACGAUUGUCUGAAUCAAUAGUUAAACUGGAGACUUUGAGAAGUCAUAGGAACCCUAGAAUCCGUAAGGAAGCCCAAGCCUUGUUUCAUUCAUGGUUGAAGACAUUCUACGCACAUGGAAGCGACAACUCUUUCACAGCUGCUCUUACCAAAGAUCGUCUGAAGAUGAAGAAGCAUGUUCUAAAAAUGUGUUCGGAGUUGAAGAAGAAAGAAGAACCGGGAACUAUGGCUCGUCAAGUCACUGCCUUUUCGGUGUUGAAGAAUAAAGAAGACGAGAGAUCUCAGACGACUGUUGAAGCAGUAGAGAGUAAGACAACGAUCAAACUCUCGGAGUUGAAUAGGAAAGAAGAUCAGAGAUCAUUAACUCGUGAAACAGAGAAGAAUAAAGCAAGGAACAGCUUUUUGGCUUUGAAACAGAAAGAGGAUCAUAGAUCUGAGACUUGUGUCGAGAAAUAUUUUAAGAAAGAGACAAAGACCAAUCUAAAGCAGCUCAACAUGAAGACAAGGCGUGUCUCUUUGGAGGAUGUUACAACGAAGAAGCCACAUGAAGAUGGUUCAUUGAUAAAGAAGACUAAAACAGAAAAGGAGCUGAAGAAGAAGAAAGUGGAUGAGAUGGUGAAGUUGUUCGAAGCAGCAAAGAAAGCUGCUGAUGUGGCCAACGCUAAGGGUGUUCUCUCAGGUAAACCAGAGGUGUCUCGCUGCAUUGACGCUCUCUCGUUAUUGAUGAAGAUCAACAUUACUCCAAAACCAAAAGAACCAAGGAGGAUGAUGGAUAAGCUUGAGGGACUUACAAAACAUAAAGAUCGCAAGAUUUGCCAUGUUGCAUCAGCCCUUCUUCACCUUUGGAGACAGAGGAUCAGAGAACAAGAACGUAAAAAGUCUGUUACCAAGGCUUCAUCAAAGACGAGGAAACUUAGUUAUGUGAAGAUCAUAUGGCUUGAACAAAUCAAAGUCUCUUGUGGAUUCAAAAGGUUCUGA